AUAGAUACAGAGAGAGAGAGAAUUGUGAGUGAGUGUAUAUUUUGUACGGGCCAUCAAAACACAAAAAACCAUACAGCGAGGAGGCAACUUGCUCGUCUUCCAUCCCUGACCUGUCAACCUAUCAUCACAAAAUUAAUUCUAAAUUAUUAAAUAAGCACAGAAUCCACCCAACAUACGUCUCAUUGGGAUAUACGCACUUUUCGCUCCCCUUUCCUUCUUAUUCUUCUCCAUUUUCCUGUUUGCGCAUUUCCCUUUCUUUAUAUAUACAUACAUAUAGUAUAGAAUUUCCGGGGUUUGGGAUCCGCAGCUAUGGAGCAGAAGAGCUUAAUAAUAUCGGCAUUGAGCGUAGGGGUUGGGGUGGGUUUGGGAUUGGCGUCAGGGCAAGCCGUCAGCAAAUGGACAGGCUCCGGUGGCGCCACCAAUUCCGCCGACCAAAUCGAGCUCGAGCUCCGCCGCCUCGUCCGUGACGGCAAGGAUACCGGCGUUUCCUUCGAAAACUUCCCCUACUACCUCAGUGAAAGGUUGCGGGUGCUGUUGACAAGUGCAGCAUAUGUUCAUCUAAAUCACAUGGAUAUGUCUAGACACACUCGAAAUCUCUCGCCUGCUAGUAGGGCUAUAUUGCUUUCAGGGCCGGCUGAACCUUGCCAGCAAGCUCUUGCAAAGGCUCUUGCUCAUCAUUUCAAAGCAAAAUUGAUACUACUGGAUAUAUCUGACUUUUCGCUGAAGGUUCAGUGCAAGUAUGGUGUUACCAAAAGAGUGCCUUCUUCCAAGAGGUCCAUCUCGGAGGUAACACUGGGAUGCGUGUCCAAUUUGCUUGGUUCUUUCUCAAUCCUUCCAGAAAAAGAGUCUACUGGAGGCAUGUUAUCUAGGCAAACCAGUGCUGUUGAUCUUAAAUCGAGGAAUGCUGAAGGUCUGGAGAAUCCUCUAAAGCAUCGCAGAAAUGCCUCCAUCUCUUCGGAUAUCAGUAGCAUCAGUUCACAAUCCUCCUAUUCAACUUCAGCUCCUUCAAAACAAUCCAACAGCUGGGUUUUUGACGAAAAAGUUCUCUUACAGUCGCUUUACAAGGUUUUGGUUUCAAUCUCGGCAACUAAGUGCAUCAUUCUCUACAUCAGGGAUAUAGAUAGACACCUUCAAUCUCCGAGAUUUUACAAACUUUUUGACAGAAUGCUGAAGAAACUAUCAGGGUCGGUCUUGGUUCUUGGGUCCCGGAUGCUUGAGCACGAUGAGGAUUAUGGGGAAAUUGAUGAGAAAAUCAGUCUAUUAUUUCCCUACAAUAUUGAGAUAAGGCCACCUGAAGAUGAAACCCAUCUUCUAACCUGGAAGGCCCAACUUGAAGAGGAUAUGAAGAUGAUUCAGUUUCAGGACAAUAAAAACCACAUUGCCGAGGUACUUGCAGCAAAUGACCUUGAAUGUGAUGAUCUAGGAUCAAUCUGUCAAGCAGAUACUAUGGUUCUGAGUAACUAUAUUGAGGAAAUAGUAAUUUCUGCAAUAUCAUUCCAUCUGAUGCAUAACAAGGAUCUAGAAUAUCGAAAUGGAAAGCUUGUUAUAUCAUCCAAGAGUUUGUCCCAUGGGUUAAGCAUAUUCCAGGAAGGAAAAAGUGGAUGCAGAGACUCUCUCAAAUUGGAGACAAAUGCUGAAUCAUCAAAGGAUACUGAAGGAGAAAAUGGUAUCGGGUCAAACCCAGUAUCUGAGAGCAAAAGCGAAACUGAAAAGCCAGCUACGCUGGUGAAAAAGGACGGUGAAAGUCUCCCAGCACCAAAGGCCCCAGAAGUUCCUCCCGACAAUGAAUUCGAAAAGCGCAUAAGGCCGGAGGUUAUUCCUCCAAAUGAGAUUGGGGUGACUUUUGAAGAUAUCGGUGCCCUGGAUGAGAUUAAAGAAUCGCUUCAAGAACUGGUUAUGCUUCCUCUUCGGAGACCUGACCUCUUCAAUGGUGGACUUCUUAAGCCUUGCCGGGGAAUAUUGCUUUUCGGUCCUCCUGGUACUGGAAAAACUAUGCUGGCAAAGGCAAUUGCCAACGAAGCUGGAGCAAGCUUUAUAAAUGUGUCAAUGUCAACCAUUACAUCAAAAUGGUUUGGCGAAGAUGAGAAGAAUGUCCGAGCUUUGUUCACCCUUGCAGCCAAAGUUUCUCCAACAAUUAUUUUCGUGGAUGAGGUUGAUAGCAUGCUUGGGCAGCGCACAAGAGUCGGAGAACAUGAAGCCAUGAGAAAAAUUAAAAAUGAAUUCAUGGCUCAUUGGGAUGGAUUAUUAACAAAAGCUGGUGAGCGCAUUCUUGUUCUUGCAGCAACCAAUAGGCCAUUUGAUCUUGAUGAAGCAAUCAUCAGGCGGUUUGAACGCAGAAUUAUGGUUGGUCUACCAUCAGUAGAGAACAGAGAAAAGAUCUUGAGAACACUUCUAGCAAAGGAAAAGGUGGAAGACCUUGAUUUCAAGGAGCUUGCUACCAUGACCGAAGGAUAUAGUGGAAGCGAUCUCAAGAAUCUGUGUAUAACGGCUGCUUAUCGGCCCGUCAGAGAGCUAAUACAGCAAGAGCGAGAGAAGGAUAUGGAAAAGAAACGCAAAUCUGAAGAAGGGCAAAGCUCAGAAGAUGCCUCGGACAAGAAUGACCAGCCAGAGGAGAGAGUUAUCAUACUGAGACCCUUGAACAUGGAAGAUAUGAAGCUAGCAAAGAAUCAGGUUGCCGCUAGUUUUGCUUCUGAGGGAUCCAUAAUGGGCGAGCUUAAGCAAUGGAAUGACUUAUACGGGGAAGGUGGUUCAAGAAAGAAGCAACAGCUGUCUUACUUCCUUUAGGUUGUCAGAUACACACAGUUUGAGUCCCGAGGUACAUUCUUAUGAUGCAAGGAACAAUAUUUAAGAUUUCUGGCCUGGCUGCAUAGAACGAACUUGAAUCGCGAAGCCCCUUCCCCUUUACAUGGAACAGCACAGACUCUUGAAUCCUCGGUUUUUUCUGGAACUAGCAUUGAAGCGAUCUGCAGUGAAUCAUCAUCAUCAUCAGAGUAUAAUAUAAUACUCAAAAGGUUUCCUUGCAUUUCUUAAUUCAUUCCUGCUGGAGAAAUUGAGACUGUAUUAUUACAGAAAAAGUAAUUAAUAGCCCCAUCUGAAUCUAUGUGUUUUCAUGAUGCUAAAUAGUCUGUUGGAAAUGCAGAUGGGGGGAUUGGGAAUCUGAGAGAAAAAACCUUAAUUGAAUUUGCUGGCAAUGUGAUAUGUGCAUGCAAUGUAGUUGCACUAAAUACUAAAUAGAGUGGUGUAAAUUUAUGCUGUGAGUGAAAUUAAUGGUAUUGUAAUUAAUUCAUUUCUUGGAACCCCUUGUAUCUCUUGGAGCUUUUAUAUACCAAAGGUCCAAAGUUCAAGAAUUA